AUGGCCUUGCGACCCGAGGACUUUGCGGCAGUGGCCGCACGAGAUGACGCGCUCACGGCUACGCUGGUCAACGAACCCAACCCUGAACUGCGUCAUCACCUGACUCACAAGCUCAGUUCCUCCAAGGCCAAGAUUCGGGCCCACCGUUUCAAGGUGGAGCAAACCAUCGUGGACAGCACCAGAGCCAAACAAGCCAAGUUUCGUGAAGCGGCCGGUAAAGCCGACCUUAACACACUGAUGGACCUGAUUGCUGAGGACAUUAAUGUUAAUGCAGCGGACGAAAAACAUCGCACCGCACUGCAUUUUGCUGCGUGCCAAGGCAAUGCGGUUGUGGUCAAAUACCUUUGCAGUCACGGCGCGAAUCAAAGCUUGCGGGACAUGAAUGGAAAUACUCCGCUACAUUUGGCUGCGUGCACCAACCACACUAGCGUGGUGACAGCGCUUUUGCGGGCUGGCGCCGAUGUGCGCGCCACAGACAGAAUGGGCAAGACACCAUUGGAUUAUGCAGCCUCACACCUGAAAAUUUACCGGCGUCGCGCAAGCGGCGGUCUCACGCCGCAGCGCCGCACGAAGAUCUUUGAGAUUGUUGAGCUGCUGACCGAGUGUUUGCGACAAUUGGAUGACGACGAGCCUCUGAGCCACAUGACUGCGAUCAGCUCGCAACUCAAGACCAUGGAAUCGGAUGAGGACCUGCAUUCGGUCGAAGAUGUGUUGACCAACCUGAUGCAGUUGACGCUCGGUCGUCAUCGCCCGGCAUGAACAUUGGGCUGGUGCUUUGUGUUGUGUGAAACAAGAGACAUGCCAGCAUGUGCGCUGUUAGGAGUAUCGUCCCGUCCUAUCUUGUCUUGUUUGUAGGCGUCGCCAAGAAUUGAAAAUAAAAAGU